AUGGGUUUUAUCUCUCUCAUCGUUUCGCUCCUCACGCCGAAGGCUUCUGCCCUGCAGAGGUCCUCGAUCGGUGCGCACCCAGCCUACCAGCUCUCGUCAAAUCGGCCAGAAAGUCUAUUCAGCAAUCAGUCCAGUGAGCCCAGUCAGUCGAGUCUCGAAGGACAGGAAGAUCCAGAGCCGUUCUAUUCCUCCACCGAAUACCAAACAAUUAUGGUUUGCGACAAGUUGUCUUUCGGACAGCGAAAGCGCUCGAAGCAGACAGCAGUCUGUUCCCAGUUUCCCAAGUUCAGAAACGCGCCACAAUCUAUCCUCAUCAAAAUCGAGAAGGCAGCUGUAAAAGGAGACUUUAUUACGAGGGCAUGGAAUGCUCCGUAA